AUGGCCGACGACGGGCCCCAAAUCGUACGCCCCGUCCCCCGACGACCCUUCAACCUCAACUUCACGAGCGCGACGCCGCCGCACGACGAUGAGCCCGACGACACGCCGGCCGGCGUCUCCCCGCGAGACCAGGACGUGACGAGCAGCCCGCGCUUCCUCCACCCGGGGUUCACGCCCACCGACGCCGGCUCCUCCAUCAGUCGGCCUCAGUCGUUCCUCAACCUCACCUCGUCGACGCUCAUGGGCAUCUACUCGCAGGCCAAGGGCAACGCCAAGAGCGUCAUCGGCCGCGAGGAGAUCGACACGCCUUGGGGCACCGGUGCCCAGACGCCCGUCAGGCGGCCGUCCAUCAACGACGCCACCUACGAGCUCAUGCGCGACCGCUGCCACCUUCCGCGGCGUCGGCAGUCCACGUACCCCGUCGAGUCGACGGCCGGCCCGCUGACGGCGGCGACGGUCGCGUCGCUCGCCUUCCGCGCCGGUCUGCUCUUCAUGCUCGGCGUCGGUUACGGCGUGCUCGUGACGCGCCUGCACAGCGAGCAGCAGUACCUCGCCGACCUGGCCGAGGGCAUCAUCAAGCCCGGGGCGAAUUGGCGGUACCUCGCCUUCUGGGGCGUCUCGGGCGUCGUCCUCGGCUCGCUGCUGCCCUGGUUCGACAAGGUGUGGGAAAGGGCGUUUGGCGGCGAGCCGGCCGUCCAGGACGUCGCCAUGAUCGGCUCCGAGGACCUGUCGGGACAGGAGCUCGGCGCCGGUAGGGACUGGGCGCUCGUCAUGCGCGCCAUCGGUGCCUUUGUGGGCAUCAUAUUCGCCAUCCGAAAACUCGCCUGGUCGUCGCCGCUGCAGGUGUCGCUCACCCUCGCCCUCGUGAAUCCGCUGCUGUGGUGGCUCAUCGACCGGAGCAAGCCAGGCUUCCUUCUCUCGGCAGGCGUCGGCCUCGCCGGGUCCGUCGUCCUGCUCGGCGUGAACCCGGAGAUGAUGCCGGCACCAUCGGCACGGCCGUCGCCGCUGAGCGACCCAUCGCUCAACGCCUCCAUGGGAUCGGCCUCGGCCUCGGAGACGGGACAGCCGCUCGGCGUGCUCGGCGGCCUCGCCAGCCAGGAGACGGUCGAGACGGGCGUCUGGAUGCUCAGCGUGCUCUUCUGCAGCUGCGUAUGCUUCGGGAACAUUGGCAGGCGACUGGCCUGGAGCAGGAGUGCCACCGGUCGGGGGCGGUGGGGCGGUGUCCGGUGA